UUAAUCAUGGAGCCUUUCGCUAAUCUGUGGAGACAAAAAUGUUGAACAGUGUGGUCUUUAAGCCUUUCGCUUGUUUUUUGAAGUAACACCCAUAUUUUCUCCCCCUUUCUCAGUCCGUUGCCUCCUCUCCUCUCCACACAGCUCCUCCUGCAUGCUGCUAAAAGCUGAAAGAGUUAAGAAGAUUUGGACGCAUGGCAGCAACCAGCCAGUCGGCGAGAGAGAGAAACUGGUUUCCGGUGGCCAGAGGGAGGCGGCUCACUUGCCCGGGAUUAAGUGGGAUCGGGAGAGAUUACAGCUCUCUCUCUCUCUGUCUCCCUCUCCCCCCCUCCUUCUCCCUCUCCCCGUAGCUCAAUGAAAGCGUAGUGCUCUGUCCUGGCAAUAUUCUCCUGCACCCAUAACGGUGCUCAGACCUGCAGGAGCUGCAGGAUAAAAGGUUUGCAGCAUCCCCGAAGACCUAGACGCAGAGGUUAUUGGUAGUAAGCAGUCAGUGAGUGGUCAGGGUCAGAGGUCGGGUGUCCUGUGACCAUGAGGCAGGCGGUGGAGGCUCAGGUGUUAAACACCCACUAUGAACUUGGAGAACACGGCCUGCGUCAGAUCCUGACGGAUGUGGUCGAAGAGGUGAGGCAGUCUAUAAACCAGGACAUCGAUGGGGCAGAGAUUCUCCACAGUUUGUUGAACGCCUCCUGGCUGCAGUCGCUGCUCAAGGUUUACGAGUGUCUUCGGAGGUUCCUGAGAGAUUCCCCAGCUCCGGUUCUGGACUACACCUCGGGGCUCUCACUCCAGCUGCUGAUCGACAUCAAGGCGCUACCAGGCUGCUCUGAAGAGGCCAACGAGCUCUACCGUCUCCUGCGGCAGCCUCACCUGCAGGCUCUUCUCUCCGCUCAUGACACGGUGGCCCAGAGGGACUAUGAGCCCGUGCUGCCGCCGAUGCCUGAGGACGUCCCAGACGACGAGGAGGCCACUAGGAUUGUCUGCCUGGUCAAAAACAAACAGCCCCUGGGAGCGACUAUCAAGAGGAAUGAUAUCACAGGGGAGAUUUUUGUUGCCCGGGUGAUACACGGAGGGCUGGCUGAUCGAAGUGGUCUUCUCCAUGCCGGGGACCGGAUCAUAGAGGUGAAUGGUUUUCCUGUGGAUGGGAUGGAGCCUGAGCAAGUUAUCCAAGUUGUGCAAGCGAGGUCACAAGGCACCAUCAUGUUCAAGGUCGUUCCAAUCACAGAAAGGCCGGUCCACAACCAGACGAUGCUCUACGUGCGGGCCAUGGCGGACUACAGCCCCCAGCAGGACCCUACCAUCCCCUGUGCCGACGCCGGGAUGAGCUUCCGAAAGGGUGACAUCCUGGAGAUCGUGGACCAGACGGACGCCCUCUGGUGGCAGGCCAAGAAACUGCCCAGCAACACGGCCUGCGCCGGACUAAUUCCCUCCACCAACCUGCUCAAGCGGAAGCAGAGGGAGUUCUGGUGGUCUCAGCCUUAUCAGCCACAUGGCUGCAUUCAGACCUUGAGCACUGUAGACGAAGAGGAAGACAUGAUGGCCAUUGAUGAGAAAUGUGUCGAAGCAGACGAGGAAGCAUUUGAAUCUGACGAGCUCAGAGUCGACGGGGAUGACUUCAGCAGCAACAUUGAAGGGAUUUACUUGACGGGCUUCAGGCGCAGCAUGCGUCUGUGCAGGCGGCGGUCCCACAGCACCACACAGCCGUCCUCCCACACCCGCUGUCCCAGUACCUGCCACAGCGCCCUCAACAGCCCCUAUGAGGAGGUGGUGCGCCACCAGCGCCACCCGCAGGACUCACACCGCCUCAUCGCCCUCUUAGGUCCGUCCAGUGUGGGCGUGAAUGAACUUCGGAGGCGCCUGGUUGAAAUGAACCCCAACGUCUUCCAGGGAGCUUUGCCUCACACCACAAGAGCACCCAAAGGAUACGAGGAGACUGGGAGAGAAUAUUUCUUCACCAGUCGGGAAGUCUUCGACAACAUGGUUUACAACAACAGGUUCCUGGAGUACGGCGAGAAUAAAGGGAAUAUGUACGGCACCAGCAUCGAGUCCGUGAGGAACGUUUUAAACAGCGGAAAGAUCUGUGUCAUUGACAUCGAGCCAAACGCCAUUCAGGCAGUGAGGACGCCAGAGCUCAGGGCCUACAUCAUCUAUGUGAAACCCCCGUCUCUGGAGCGCCUUAGGGAGACCAGACAGGAUUCGUACAUCACCACCAACUACUACGUCAACAAACCGUUCAAGAGUGAAGAUUUCCAGGAGAUGGAAGAAGCAGCCCGCAAGAUGGAGUCACACUUCUGGCAGUUUUUCGACCAUGUGAUCCUCAACGACGAGCUGCAGGACUCCUGCGUCCAGCUGCUGACUGCGGUGAGGAAGGCUCAGGAUGAGCCGCAGUGGGUUCCUGCCAGCUGGAUACGACCUAACACCGGGUUGUGAGGGACGACGGAGGAGAAAACUACGGGACAGGAGAAGUGUGACCCCCUCAUGUUUUUUAAUAAGGCAGCAAAUUUUGGAAACUAAAACUGUAAUAUCAUUCCGAGAAGCUUAACAUUGAAAUCAAUUAGUUUAUGUUCAACACUGCAUGUUUAAGUGGAGUAGGGCAUGAAAAAAAAUCUUCUUGAUCUGAUUCUUAAGUCGUGUCAAAUCCCCAAAGACAAGAUAAAGCUGGACUAGAGCCCAAAGAAAUCCCUGAAACACUGUCAGUUUGUCAGCAUUUAACUAGUAGUAUUAAGACUACCAGUUUUGAAUUAUAGUUACUCUAGUACCAGGGGUGCCAUCAUUUGAUGUGUUUUGGAACUACAGGGUGUUUAAGUUAUUAUAGUGAAAGAAUUCUUGUAAAAAUGUAGCUUCCUGCUUUGCAUGUACCUCUGAUUUGAACAAAUCAAUCAAUCCUUGCCCUGCUCCCCACUGUUGAUAAACAGAUCUGCAAUGAAGACUGAGCUUUUUCCAAUUGAUGUUUACAUCAAAAGAUGGCAGAUUUGUUGUUCUUUCAAUCUUGUUCAAAAUGUUUUUUGUAUUUUUUUGUGUGUGUGUCUAAGUUUUAGGAUGAAUACUCUUCUCCUACAACAAUCAGAAAUAAGAUACAAGUGAGCUGGCUUCCUAAAUGGAUUCUGUGGGUGGAGCCACAGGAAGUUGUAGUAAUUUCUGAAAUGUGUUGAUGAUGUAUGCCAAAAAGUUGUUUGAGGUUUACAAAAUAUUAACAAACUUCUGUUUGGCAAAAAACACAAUUUAUGACCUUAUUUCAUUCAGAUAAUGUGAUUAAAAUGUUUUUUUUUUAUUAGAUACAACAAACGUGCAAGCAAAGCAAUGGCAUUCGAAUAUUUGUACCUGUUUGUGACGUUAAUAAAGCAA